GAAGGGAACUUCCUGAUGCACCAGCUACCAUGUCUCUUGUCCUCAGAUAGCUGCAGUCAGAUACUCCAAAGUUUUCAGAUGCUGCAGGUGGGCGUGAUGCGUUUGGGCCUGGGUGCGUUGGUGGUUCGGAGAGCUCACUGCCUGUCCCGUGCAGUUCAUACCUCCACCCAGAAGGUGGAGUACAAGCCCAUCAAGAAGGUCAUGGUGGCCAACAGAGGUGAGAUUGCGAUCCGGGUUUUCCGGGCCUGCACGGAGCUGGGGAUCCGCACGGUGGCGGUGUACUCUGAGCAGGACACCGGGCAGAUGCACCGGCAGAAGGCGGACGAGGCCUACCUGAUCGGCAAGGGCCUGCCGCCCGUCGCGGCCUACCUGCACAUACCUGACAUCAUCAAAGUGGCCAAGGCGAACGACGUGGACGCCAUACACCCGGGGUACGGCUUCCUGUCUGAGCGGGCGGACUUCGCCCAGGCGUGCGUGGACGCCGGCGUGCGCUUCAUCGGCCCCACCCCCGAGAUCGUGAGGAAGAUGGGAGACAAGGUGGAGGCGCGCGCCAUCGCCAUCGAAGCGGGGGUGCCGGUGGUGCCCGGGACGAAUGCCCCAAUCUCCUCCCUGUCCGAUGCCAAGGAGUUCUCCAACACCUACGGCUUCCCCAUCAUCUUCAAGGCCGCGUACGGCGGGGGUGGGCGGGGCAUGAGGGUCGUCAAGGGGUAUGAGGAGCUGGAGGAGAAUUAUCAGAGAGCGUAUUCUGAGGCUCUGGCUGCGUUUGGGAAUGGCGCCCUGUUUGUAGAGAAAUUCAUUGAGAAACCCCGACACAUUGAGGUGCAGAUUCUGGGUGAUAAGUACGGGAACGUGAUUCACCUGUACGAGCGGGACUGCUCCAUCCAGAGGAGGCACCAGAAGGUGGUGGAGAUCGCCCCCGCUGCUCAGCUGGACCCCCACCUCCGAGACAGACUGACUGCCGACUCUGUGAACCUGGCCCGACAUGUGGGCUAUGAGAACGCUGGCACGGUGGAGUUCCUGGUGGACAAACACGGGAAGCACUACUUCAUCGAGGUGAAUUCCCGUCUGCAGGUGGAACACACGGUGACGGAGGAGAUCACUGAUGUGGACCUGGUGCACGCGCAGCUGCAUGUGUGUGAGGGGCGGAGCCUGGCGGAAUUGGGGCUCCGGCAGGAUAAUAUCCGCAUCAACGGCUGCGCCAUCCAAUGCCGCGUUACCACCGAGGACCCCGCCCGCGGCUUCCAGCCCGACACCGGCCGCCUGGAGGUGUUCCGGAGCGGUGAGGGGAUGGGGAUCAGGUUGGACAGUGCCUCGGCCUUCCAGGGCGCUGUGAUCUCUCCGCACUACGACUCCCUCCUGGUCAAGGUCAUCUCCUCCGGCAAGGACCUGCCCACCGCCGCUGCCAAGAUGAACCGCGCCCUCGCAGAGUUCCGCGUGCGCGGCGUCAAGACAAAUAUCCCCUUCCUGCAGAACGUGCUGAGUAAUGACCAGUUCCUCUACGGGACGGUGGACACCCAGUUCAUCGAUGAGAACCAGGACCUCUUCAUCCUGAAGCCGGUCCAGAACCGAGCCCAGAGGCUGCUGCACUACCUGGGUCAUGUGAUGGUGAACGGUCCUACCACUCCCAUCCCGGUGAAAGCCAAGCCCUCCUCCAUCGACCCUGUGAUUCCCCCUGUGCCUCUGGGUGAGCCUCCGGUUGGUUUCCGGGAUGUGUUGCUAAGGGAGGGUCCGGAGGGGUUCGCCAAGGCCGUGCGUCGCCAUGACGGCCUCCUGCUGAUGGACACCACGUUUCGGGACGCCCACCAGUCCCUGCUGGCCACCCGCGUGCGCACCCACGACCUGAAAAACAUCGCCCCCUUCGUCGCACACAACUUCAGCAACCUGUUCAGCGUGGAGAACUGGGGGGGCGCUACGUUUGACGUGGCGAUGCGCUUCCUGUGCGAGUGCCCGUGGCGGCGGCUGCAGGAGCUGCGGGCGCUGCUGCCCAACGUGCCCUUCCAGAUGCUUCUGCGCGGCGCCAACGCCGUGGGCUACACCAACUACCCCGACAACGCCGUCUUCAAGUUCUGCGAGGUGGCUCGGGAGAACGGCAUGGACAUCUUCCGGGUCUUUGACUCGCUGAACUACCUUCCCAACAUGCUCCUGGGCAUGGAGGCGGCGGGCGCGGCCGGGGGCGUGGUCGAGGCGGCCAUUUCCUACACCGGCGACGUGUCGGACCCCAUGCGGCAGAAAUACUCGCUGCAGUACUACCUGGAGCUGGCCGAUGAGCUGGUCAAGGCCGGAGCACCCAUCCAUAUCUGUCUCCCCCCCCCCUCUCAGGACAUGGCGGGGCUGUUGAAGCCAGAGGCAAGCCGGCUGUUGAUUGGUUCCCUGCGGGACCGCUUCCCGGACAUGCCGAUCCACGUGCACACGCACGACACGGCGGGUGCGGGCGUGGCGGCCAUGUUGGCGUGCGCGGAGGCCGGGGCGGACAUCGUGGACGUGGCGGUGGACUCCAUGGCGGGAAUGACCUCCCAGCCCAGCAUGGGAGCCAUCGUGGCCUGCACCAAGGGCACCAAACUCAACACGGGCAUCGCCCUGGAGAAGGUGUUUGACUACAGCGAGUACUGGGAGGUGACCCGCGGCCUGUACGCCCCCUUCGACUGCACGGCCACCAUGAAGUCCGGCAACGCGGACGUGUACGAGAACGAGAUCCCGGGGGGACAGUACACCAACCUGCACUUCCAGGCGCACAGCAUGGGGCUGGGGCACAAGUUUAAGGAGGUGAAGAAGGCCUACACUGAGGCCAACAAGCUGCUGGGAGACCUGAUCAAGGUGACCCCCUCCUCUAAGAUCGUGGGUGACUUGGCGCAGUUCAUGGUGCAGAACUCCCUGACGCGGGCGGAGGUGGAGGAGCGGGCGGACGAGCUGUCCUUCCCGCUCUCUGUGGUGGAGUUCCUGCAGGGCCACAUCGGCAUCCCCCACGGGGGCUUCCCCGAGCCCUUCAGGUCAAAGGUGCUGAAGUCCAUGCCCCGCGUGGAGGGCCGCCCCGGGGCCUCCCUGCCCGCCAUGGACUUCCAGGCCCUGGAGAAGCAGCUGCGAGAGACGCACGGUGAUGACAUCACGCCGGAGGAUGUGAUGUCAGCGGCCAUGUACCCGAAGGUGUUCCAGGAGUUUAAAGAGUUCACCAACACCUUCGGCCCGGUGGACUGCCUCCACACCCGCCUCUUCCUGGACGGGCCCAAAAUCGCGGAGGAGUUUGAGGUGGAGCUGGAGCGGGGGAAGAUUCUGCACAUAAAAGCGCUGGCCCUGGGGGACCUGAACAAGGCGGGGCAGAGGGAGGUGUUCUUCGAGCUCAACGGCCAGCUCAGAUCAGUGCUGGUCAAAGACACCGUGGCCAUGAAGGAGAUGCACUUCCACCCGAAGGCGCUGAAGGAUGUGCGGGGUCAGGUGGGGGCGCCGAUGCCGGGGAAGGUGGUGGAGGUGCGGGUGAAGGAGGGGCAGCGGGUGGAGAAGGGGCAGCCGCUCUGCGUGCUGAGUGCCAUGAAGAUGGAGACCGUGGUCAACUCGCCCCUCUCCGGCUCCGUCACCAAGAUCUACGUCACCCCCGACUCCAGCCUGGAGGGGGACGACCUCAUCCUGGAGAUCACCGAGUAGGGGGCGGGGCCACUGGCUCGGGCAGGGCGGGGCAUGUGCACAGGUGGCCACACCCCUCUGUGGAUCAACAAGUCUUAACAGUGGCACCCCCUGCCCUCCCUCCCCCCCCCCCCUCCCCCCUCCCUGGAUUCAGAGAGACGGGAGAGGAAGCGAUGGAGAGAUUUAUUUUCUGAUUAAUGACUUUUUUUUUUUUUUGAUUAAUAGUGAAUGAGCGUGUAAUUAGCGGGUCUGAGGGGAUUAGCGUAGGAAGCCGCUCUCCUAAUUACCGCCGCCACAGCGAGCUCCUCUGGACGGCGCGCAAAGCUGCUUCCUGUCCGCCAUUUCCUGUCGCCCGAGCGCGACCGCGUUCGCGGGUGAGAGUCGCCCGGCUUUUCACGCGAAGCUGUUGCACUUACCGCGUUUCGAACGUAAUCUCCAGAAAAACUAACCGUAACAAUCACGUGUAUCCGUCACUUUAGCGGUGUAGAGCAGCGGCCAUGUCCGUCUCCUUCGUGUCGUCGUUUAAAAAUAGAUUAAGCAAUAAAUAGCCGUGUUGAUCGCUAUUUUUACCGUCUUUGUGUACUCUGAUCAUGCGUAAUGCCAUUAAGUGCUGGAACGUCACCGUGGUAACGCUGGAUGCAGUGGCUGUGGGACUGAGAUGAUGAGCACAAUUAGUGUCCCUCCCUCUCUCCAUCCUUCCCUCUCUCUAUCUCUCCCUCUUUCAAUCCUUCUCUCUGUCCAACCUUCAUUCUCUCUAUCCCUCACGCUCUCCAUCCUUCCUUCUCUCCGUCCUUCACUCUGUCCAUCUAUCCCUCUCUCCAUCCUUCCCUCUCUCCCUCCCUUUCAAUCCUUCUUUCUCUCUCUCUCUCCUUUACUCUGUCCAUCCUUCCCUUAGUCUCAUUCCCUCCCUCAAGAUGGAUUGUUCAAGCAAAAGAUUCCUGCAUUCAUAUUUCUACACACGCACAUACUCACAUGGGGACAUACGUAUACACACAGACCCACGCGCACGCACACACACUCACACACACACACACCCUGCUCUGCGCCCACACACACUUUAUCUUUUACCUGUAUUUGUGUCUUUUUUUCUGCGUAAUGUGGAAGGUUUGGGGAGUUUAUUUGCCCUCACUCUGCAUGAUAUUCCUGUCUCACUCUUUACUACCACGCCUGUUUCUUCUUUGUUUAAGCAGUUUCCUGUCUUAACUAACAAACCGUAAGUGUGACAUUAUUCCUUAAAGCGCUAGUGUUUAGUUAAAAACUACUUUUUUUUUUACUUCGAACCUGGGGUUUUACACUGUGGCACUUGCAUUACACAAACCUACAUAUUAAAGCACAUGUUUAUGUGUCUACAUGCACAAGCCCACUUACGCGCUACAUCAGGGCAGACUUGCUCAGCAGCUCUGCAGUCCUGAUCCACUGUCACUGCUACACAUGCACUAUUUAAGGGGAGGGGGUGAGGACCAUGCAUUCCCUUUUCAGUCAGAUUUUAAUUUUUUUAAGAAUGCAGACAUCAGAUUUGUACGAACGUGUGUGCGUCCGUCCGUGUGUGUCCGUGCGCGCGUACAUCCGUCCGUUUGUGUGUGUGUGUGUGUGUGUGUGUGGAGGUUUCAAAGGCACAAGGAUUUCACUGCCACUUCUGGACUGUUCUGAACAUUCUGUUUACAGUAGCUCCAGGGUUCUAGAACAUUGAGAGAGUGAGUGUUCCGUUCAUUAAUUGUGAGGUUUUCAGAAUCUUUUUUUUUUUUUUUUCCCCCAGACUUCCAGAAAUACCCCCAAACUAAGUAGAACAUCCAACCUGUAGAUUUAUUUUGUUUUUUUAUUGUUGGCCCUGAGUAUGCUUUGACGUCUGUAGGGCCCCCUGGUGGGGUAUUCAUAAUUAGAUAAAACACCAUCAGGACUUACAGGAAGGACGUGGGAGGGUAGUGGAGAUUUGGUAAACUGAGUACUAACGCUGUUUAUUUUCCAUUAAAUUAACUGGAUGCAGUCCUUUCCAAUGGCUCUUGUUGUUGCAGUGUUAAUGGUGAACUGAGGUAAAACAGGGUAAAUGUGUUUGAUAUGAAGAGGCACACAGACCUGAUGAAGUCGCUCUGAAACCAGCGAAGUCGGUCUGCCAGGUUUCGCACCCGGGUCACAUGACUGCUACGGAUCAAUUUAGGGAGUCGGUUAUUAGAACAGGAAGCAAACCAGGAUACUUCUGCCAUCUCAUCGUUUCAUUGCUGCUUUUUUUCCCGUGAUGAUGCGAAUGGUCUGCGGUGUCACCUGUUGAGCUGUGUUCUGUCCGUAUACAAAAAAUAAAUAAAUAUAUGAAA